AUGGCGACCCCAAGCAACGGCAACACCGCGCAUUCGAUUAUCCCCGCCCCCCUUACAACAAACGAGCAGCACAUAUGCUUCAUCUGCCUAUGCACAGACGUCGAUACCCCGAACGCAGUAUGGGUGGACCCUUGCCCGUGCAGCCUUGAGGCGCACGAAGGAUGCAUGCUUCGCUACAUCGGGGAGAUGGAAACGACACGACGGCGGUCAAAUAAAAAUCCUCUAGCGUGUCCGGCCUGCAAGGUGCCCUUUAUCAUCGAAGAACCGUACGACCGAUUCCUCGCUAUUAGAGACAACCUAUACCGCCGGUACAGCCGCGCGGCGCCCGCCGUGCUCGGGUCAUUCGUAAUCGGCGGUGGUUUCGCCGGCGCAAUGUGGUAUGGUGGGACUGCGGUCAGCAUAUUUGUCGGCCGCGACUCGUUUAUCCGCUGGCUCGAGGGAGGAGGGCGCCAACGGCUGCCCUCAACCCUGAUCAAGUUGGCGACCCUGUCGGCCAUCGGUCCUGGGCUGUUGAUUUUUAGGUGGCUCCCAUCGCUGGGGACCGUCCUCCUGCUGCCCUUCUCCGUCCUCUACGGCGCAACUCUUGUCGCGCAGGACAAUCUUCCCACAUGGCCACCCUCGCCCCAAUGGGCCAUGACCCUUAUGCCGGUUGUGCAACUCAGCUACUCUUACCUCUUGCACGACCUCUUUGGGCCGCUGGAGCGGCGUCUAAACCGUACCCUGCGUGGGCUUCCCGCGACGGAGGACGAGGCGCAACCGGAAGCCAGGCUCGCCCCCAAUAGGCCUGCCGCCCGCCACGAAGAGGAAGCUGAUGGCGUCAGGGGCGCGUGGGCUAACCUCACUCGCGCCGUCCGCGGGCUAUUCGGCGAUGAUGUCGAUGACGCUGCUGACGAGCCUCCUGCCGUUGACUGGCAAGUACAGCAUCACUUGGAGGUGAGGAUAGGCGGCGGGGGUGGUGGAGAUAAUGGCGACGAUGACGAUACGGACGAGGAAGAUAUCAGAGACGCUCUAGGCGAGGCAGAUCAACAACGGCGUGAUGUUCCCCAGGAACCACAACCCCAGCCACAACAGCAACAACAACAGCAACAGCAACAGCCACCAGCUGCUCAACAACCGGCGGCACAGGCAGCCGGAAACCAGAACGAGGAGGGUGGCAAUGGGGGCGGUAAUGGGGGCGUCAAUGCAGGGGCCGGCGAAAACAACAAUGACCCGGCCUCGUUCUUCGGCCUCAUAAUUAACAGCGUUGUCACGUCCCUUCUCUUCCCCGCCAUCUCGUACGGCAUGGGUGAGCUCAUACGCGCCGUCGUCCCCAAGGGCUGGGUGUCACCGUCUCGUUCCUGGCGCAGCAGGACGCCCCCUGGGUUGCUACAACAGCGCUGGGGUCGCAGCUUGGCCGGCGGGUGUCUCUUCGUGGUGUUGCGGGAUGCGCUCGCGCUAUAUACCAAGUACCGGCGGGUACAGGUGCGGAUGAAGAGGAAGAUCAAGAAUGUGGAGAGGAAAGGGCAGGCCAAGACCCAGGGGGGAAGACCGUGA